AUGACUUUCACAUCUGAUACAUUUACUUACAAAGCUUACACAUACACUAGCAGUACAAGUGGUCUUAAACUUGACGAUAUCACUAUCAAAUUAGAGAAACAAAUCGAUGGAAGUUUCAAUGUUCCAGCUGAUAAGAUUUUAGUAAAAAUCCAUGCUGCUGCUUUUAAUCCUCUUGAUGUUAAAUUGUAUAACUUAUCGUUUUGGCCUUUAAACUAUCUUUUAGGUAAAAGAGGUCUCGGUGAAGAUUAUAGUGGUAAAAUUGUGGCUAUUGGUGAAAAAGCACAAUUAACUACAGCAUUCAGAGUAGGUGACUUGGUUCUGGGAUUCUAUGCUGGUUUUGUUCCACAUGGGACUUUCAGUGAAUAUGUAUUGGUUGAUACUACUAAAAAGGCUGAGGGUGAACUUACUCAUGCUCCUAAGAAUCUUUCUUUAACUGACGCUAGUUCUUGGCCUGAAGUGUAUGGAACUAUCCGUAGAAUGACAGUCGGAGUUGAUUUGAAAGAUAAGAAAAUAUUGGUUCUUGGUGGUGGUAGUUCUGUUGGUAGAUACCUUAUUCAAUAUCUUAAAUUAGAAGGGGCCAAAGAAAUCUACGCCAGUGCUUCAUCAAGAUCAGAAGCAGUAGUUAAAGAAUUAGGUGCCAAAGGAACAAUUGAUUAUACCAAAGGGUCAAUUCUUAAUGGUGCUUUAGAAUUGGUCAAAGACAGCGAACCAUUUGAUAUCAUCUACGAUUGUGUAGGUAGUAAUGACUUAUUUCCCAAGAUUGAAUAUCUCUUCCCUAAAACAGGUGGUCUUUACGCUACCGUUGUGGGUGAUGAUGGAUUUGAUCAAUUAACUUUCCCAAAUUUCUUACUCAUUUUACAGACUGUUAAAAGAUCGUUGUUGUCAAGUUAUAAUUAUUUGCCUUAUACUUAUAAAUUACAUUUAGGAAGUUUCGCUCCAGAUUGGAUUGAAGGUGGUAGACAAUUGAUUGAAGAAGGUAAAUUGAAACCAUUCAUUGAUAGUUACUACAAAUUUUCCGAGUUCGAUAAAGCUUUUGCACACUUGGCGGCUGGUAAAGUUAGUGGUAAAAUCAUUCUUAAAGUUGAAGAAGAUUAA